AUGGCAGACAGCCAAUGCGGGGAGGACACCUCCGAACGUCUCCUCAGCCAGCACAAGGAAGCCGUGUCGCGCGUGUCUGACCGAAUCGCCAGCUUUCAUACUCGCAAAAUUCCCUUUCGCAUCUUCCAUGGCAAUACCAACUCGACUCGCCUCAGCGACCGUACAAGAGACGCUACCGUCGACAUCUCCACUCUUGACCAUGUCAUCUCGGUCUCGCCUUCGAAGCGUACUUGCCUCGUUGAGCCCAACGUCCCUAUGGAUCGUCUGGUCGCUGCGACAUUGGAGCACGGCUUAGUUCCCCCAGUCGUCCCAGAGUUUCCAGGCAUCACGGUUGGAGGUGGAUUUGCGGGGACGGCAGGCGAGAGUAGCAGCUUCAAGUAUGGCUUUUUCGACGGGACCGUGAUCUGGUUCGAGGUGGUCCUCGCGGACGGAGAAGUCGUGACGGCCUCGGACACGGAAAGGGCAGACUUGUUCCAUGGGAUGGCCGGCACAUUCGGCUCAAUGGGUGUCAUUACCUUGUUCGAGAUGCGAUUGAUCCCGGCCAAGGAGUUUGUCGAACUGUCGUAUAUCCGGAUCGGCGACAUUGAACAAGCACAGGAGGUGAUCAAGCAGGUCUCAAAGGAGGAAGGUGUGGAUUUCGUGGACGGGAUAAUGUUCGCUCCAGAGAAGGGCGUCGUGCUCGCAGGCCGCCUCGCCGACCGGGGCGAAAAGAACCAGGACCUCCCGAUUGUGACAUUCACCAAGCCGUGGGAUCAGUGGUUUUACCUCCACGCAGAAGAAAGAAUGGACAGUACCGAGAUCACAGGCCCUGGAUCUCAAUCACCGUCAUCACCGUCCCAUCCCCGCGACUUGAUCCCCUUGAGAGACUACCUCUUCCGUUACGACCGCGGCGCCUUCUGGACCGGCCGCUUCGCAUAUAAAUACUUCUGCAUCCCCUUCACACGCACGAUCCGCUGGCUGGCGGACUACUUUAUGCACACCCGCAUCAUGUACCACGCCUUACACCGCUCCGGCCUGUACCAGCGCUUCAUCAUUCAGGACAUGGCUCUUCCCAACAAAAACAUUCCUGAGUUCUCUCACUGGCUAGACCGGGAGUUGCCGCACAUCUAUCCGCGCUGGCUGUGUCCCUUGAGGCAUGGGACCAGCGUGAGCAUGAACCCCCAUCUACGGAACCGGCCUGUGUCAUCCACGGAGCCCAGCCCGACCUCGACCUCGAAGACAGCGUCAACCCCCGAACCACGGAGCAGUGAAGGCGACGAUGAUAGAAGUAGUGAUGACUUUGACAACGCGCUCCUCAACAUCGGCGUCUGGGGCGAAACACCCCCAAACACGCUCCACGUCACGAUCAACCGACUCAUCGAGAGCAAACUCAAAUCCUUGGGCGGGAUGAAGUGGCUGUACGCCCAGACAUUCUACACCGAGGACGAAUUCUAG